AUGGCCCUUGCAGUCAGCAAGAGGUUUCUGGGAAUGGAAGAAGUGACUUCGGGGACUUUGCGAAAGAUGAAGACCAAGCUGCUGGCAUUAGUAGAGAGGCUGAGGGUUGGAGCAGACUCCUUCUCCUGCUUUCAUCUCCUAAUCUUUAUUUUGAAAAGGGACGCGCAGGUCAAGAUCAUGGAAGGGACGGUGAACAAUGCAGAAAAGUAUCUCGGCCAGUUCUGCAUGCUCCUGGCUUCCUACGCACGCAAGAAUGCAAGAUUGAGAGACAAGGUUGACCUGCUGGUAAGACAGAUUAUGGACUUUGCAAACACCGAGAAUCCAGAGUUACGAAGGUGCCUCAAGGACCUUGGAGAGGAGUUGUCAAAGAUUCAGGACUACCGCCAGGCAGAGGUGGAGAGACUGGACGCCAAGGUUAUUGCACCUCUAAAGGCUUAUGGUCCCCUGACAAAAUCCAAACGGGCAGACAUCAAGAAAUUUAAUAGCGUCCGCAAUCGUGAAAUUAAAGAACUUGAAAACCUGCAAAAGUUGAAGCAGAGAAAUCCUUUGGACAGGCAAGGGAUUGUAUCCUUUCCCAAAGCUGAAGCCAAUGUGCAGAAGGCUUCAAUCGAUGUCAAUCACACCACACAUCAGCUGGAGGAGAUCAUUCUCAAAUUUCAGCAGCAAAAACUGAAGGACAUUAAGACUAUUUUCUCAAACUUUGUGACCAUCGAGAUGAUAUUUCAUGCCAAGGCCCUUGAGAUGUACACAAAUGCUUUUCAACACCUGAACAACUUUGAUGAAGAGAAGGAUCUGAAGGUAUGA